CAAACAUCCAAACAUGGGAUUUGCGACGAUGGACGAUCACGACGGCGGUGCUAGUGGAGGUACAAGAGAUAGAUGUAGGCGCGAAAAAUGCAGUCAUUGAAGUUCCUACAGUUCUCGACUCUCAGGCCCAGUUCACCACUCCACAUUCUCUCCAGGCACUUUAAACAAACUGCCGCAAAUAUGCCGAAAGCAGACUCGCCCACAGGCUUCAAGCAGCUGCAGGACACUGCACUGUUUACACCGUUCAAACUGGGGCCCAUUCAGCUUGAGCACAGGAUCGUACAGGCGCCUCUGACGCGUAUGCGAUCCACCAAAGAGAGCGAAGGUGUCACAGUACCCAAUGACUUGAACGUCGAGUACUUCAGCCAGCGUGCGAGCAAGGGCGGCUUGCAGCUGACUGAGGCGACCGACAUUGCGAAGUUUGCCGGCGGCUACCCAGGCGCCCCUGGAGUUUUCACAGAUUCUCAGAUCGCAGGAUGGAAAAAGGUCACAGAUGCCGUACACGCAAAGGGCGGAUACAUCUACUGCCAGAUAUGGCACACUGGUCGUGCUUCGCCACCAUCUUUCCGUGGCGGACAGCAGCCCGUCAGCUCGAGUGAUAUCCCUAUGGAGGGUAGCUGGGCAGAUGGUACAGUCUGUGCAGAGCAUCCGCCACGUGCUCUAACAGUUGAGGAGAUCCAGCAGAUCGUCAAGGACUUCGGCUCUGCAGCAAAGAAGGCACGUGAAGCGGGCUUCGAUGGCAUUGAGAUCCACGGCGCAAACGGCUAUCUCCUCGACCAAUUCAUGCAUGACAACGUCAACAACAGGACCGAUCAGUAUGGCGGAUCGAUAGAGAACAGGAUAAGACUGCCACUCGAGGUCAUUAAGGAGUGUUCAAAAGCUAUUGGUGCAGACCGCGUUGGUAUCCGUCUCAGCCCAUACAACUACUUCCAGUCGACCAAGGAUAGCAACCCUAACAAACACUGGGAGUAUCUGUGUGACAAGAUCGCCACACUGCCUCAAGAUGUGCGGCCUGUCUACGUCCACAUGGUCGAGCCCCGCUUCGAUGAAGUGCUAGACGAGCAAGCCAAGAUGGAUGCUCUUUCUGCAUACACCUCCAGCGGUGGCAAGGGCGUCGAGGCCGAAGCCACCGUCAAGGUCAAGGGUAACACCCUCGUCAACUUCCGCAAUAUCUUGAAGAAGGGCGGCGUCAGUUUCAUCGCCGCUGGUGGCUUUGAUCGCGACAACGCAGUGCCCAAGCUCGAGUCUGGCGAUGCGGACCUCAUCAUCUUUGGUCGUUGGUUCAUCGCAAACCCAGAUCUGCCGAGGAGGCUGGCGGAGGGCUUGGAGCUGAACUCUUACGACCGCAGUACCUUCUACGGUGGUGACGCAAAAGGAUACACAGAUUACCCUUUCCAUGGGCAGGAGGUCGCUGCUUGACUGAGUCUAGGCUUGGAAGCAGACGAUGCAUAGCAGGCGUUGAAGGUACCGGUGCUGGCGCGCAUUGACAUAGACUCAUUUUUGCAAGACCGAAUAGUAUACAGCAUGACUCUGCAAUGCCACAUGCUGUGCAGAGUGUCGUUGUGAUCACUCUAAUGUAACUUCGCAAGCCAGCUAGCGCCGUAUGGGCAGAGAAGGAGGCGCACCUCGCGCUUGUCUCGGCUUCCAUCAACCUUGAAUGACAUUCAUACAUACAGAAGAUGUGG